AUGGAGAGCUCAACAUCGAAGGUAGAUAUCAUCAUGAAGCCAGUGCUUCGUAAAGCUGGGAUUCCUUUACCUUUGCCAGUGGCUGGUUUCAUCUGUGCCAAGAUUGUGGCUAAUCCAAGUGUUAAUCUUGGCUUGGUUGAGUUCUUGGAGAGAGAAGCUUCAUCCAGGGAGGUUGAGAACCAAAGGCUUGAGAAAUUCAUUGGAGAAUGUUUGAGAACUUUGGAGCAAAUGGAGUAUUGGAAAUUAGAAAAUGGGUUGCUUCAGAGGAAGCUUGAUGCUAGGGAAGCAGAACUUUUGGGAAUCCAUGGUGCACUAGAAACAAAGACAAAGGUUAUCAAGAAAUUGGAGAAUGAAACUGGGGAGUUGAGAGCGCUUUUGGAGCAAUUGCAGGAUGAGAAAAAAGGGCUCUUGGCAAAGCUUGGGUUGGCAGAAAAAUUGGCUUCUUCAAUCUCCAAGGCUCAAGAGAAGGAUAAUAAUCUGGAAACAGAUUUUGAAGGAAGCUCAAAAGCUGGAAAUUGUGGGAUGGAGCAUGAAUUGACUAGCAUGGUUGUGGAGCACAAUAAACCUUGCUUUGGAAAUGUGAGGAGUAAUCAGGAGCGUUUGAAAAGGCGAAAGUUAUUCUGCAGGCUUACAAGAUGGGUGGAAAGGAAUGAGAAGGGAAGAGGAAGACUGGAUGAAAAAGAAAUGCAUGACGAAUUCAAGUGUUUUGGAAGACAUUCUGUUUCAGAUUAUGCAGAGAAGCAUCACAUUGCAAGGAGAUCUUGCUCAAGUGCAUGA